GCAAUACCAUCAAGUUUUACCUGGGUUAAAAUUUUUAUUAUGUUUAAGCCCCCCUGCAUGAUUGAAGCAGGUUCUGAUAUUGCACCGGAAAUGGGCGGGGCAAUCUCUGGUGUUUUUCGUGCCACCUGACCCGAGAUUAAUUUAUUAUUAGCGCCAAGUGUGGUUCUUCCUGGUUAGGAGCACGCUCAUGGACGUAAAUGAAGUCAAGUGUGUUUUGGUAAAGAAUAACAGCAAUGUUGCAUUCAAAAUUUUUACUUUUUUCGAUUCAGAAGCCCACAACUAACAGGAAACUCAAACUCAUUAAAUGGCUACAAAGCAAAAAGUUACUAGCAAGGAGAGUAAAGUGCUCAAGAUGUGGCCAUAAUAUGAGAAUGAAGAGAGCUACAUCUCGAAAUCUCGACGGUUUUCAUUGGAUGUGCAGACAUAAAAGUCAUCGAGGCAAGAAAACCAGCCGAUCAGUGCGAGUCGGGUCUCUCUUCGAGAGAUCAAAACUCAGCUUGUCAUCUUGGCUAAUAUUCAUUUACAGGUUUGCUCAGGGAUUGCGGAUUAGACAAAUUGAUAUGAUGCAAGAUGGCAUUGCAAAAAGUUCCAGAACCCUCUCUAAGAUGGCUCGUAUCAUGAGGAAAGUUUGCCACUGUGCUAUAAAACGAUACAGACGAAGACAUGGACAAAUGAUUGGAAGUGCUCGAGAAUUUGCUGUUCUUGAUGAAAGUAACUUCCGUCAUAAACGAAAGUAUGGACGAGGGAGAGCAUCAACAACAUGGAGGCGAAAAAAAUGGGUCUUUGGCAUGCUAGGUGUGAGGGAUAAAUGCAGACACCCAAUCUUGCGGCUUGUGAAAAGAAGAUCAAGACCUCACCUAAUCCCCAUAGUUGUAAAACAUGUGCGUCCAGGCACUACCAUUAUUUCAGAUGAGUGGAGAGCCUACCGGGGGGCUUUGGCCAAUAUGGGCUACAAACAUUUUACAGUGAACCAUUCCCAGUGGUUUGUAGACCCACACAGUGGAGCUCAUUCACAACACCUUGAAAGAGCUUGGUUGACAUACAAAACAAGUGUAUGGAGACUAAGGGGGAACAGGACAGAGAAAAUGCUAAAAGAGCACCUCUCUCUCAUAGAGUGGACUCAUUGGCUUGGUGAAAAAAAUAAACGGGGGCCACUUGGGCGCCUAAUAAAAGAUAUUCACCAUCAAUUUCCUGUUUAGAGGACAACACACUGAACUUUUGAUUGUGUUUUAUGUAAUAUUUAAGUAAAAUACAAGUUAACUUGUCCUCUUGAUUUAAGGUGCACUGAUAUUUAAAAGCUUUGUUUAAUAAAAUGUGUAUUUUACCUUUUUAA